UAACCACUUUAUUUCGUACCGUAUACAGAAUAUAAUAUUGGUAAAAAAAACUCUGUUAAAUGCUGCUCCUGAGGCCUGAGGAGGAUCACUUGGACGCCCAUUAGCAUUAUCCUUAGGCAGAGGACGCAGCCAAGGCCUAGGCAUGUCCAGUUCAAAUGGAGGUGUGGCAUCAGGGGCCGCGGGAAGCAGCGGCGUCGCUUCGCCUGGCGAUUGGAUUUGCCCAGAUUACGACUGUCGCCAUCUGAACUUCGCCCGCCGUUUGCAGUGCAACAAAUGCGACCGGGACCGCGAUGGCAGUGAUAAGCCGGAGCGCGACAGGGAUCGAGACCGGGAGCGGGAACGCGGCAACGGGAGCAGCAGCAGUAGCAGCAGCUCAAGCAAGAAGAAGCUGGGCACUGAGAUUGGCAAGGCGGCGGCCGACAAGUCGCGGGGCUUGUUCAGCGCCGAGGACUGGCAGUGCAGCAAGUGCGCAAAUGUAAACUGGGCCCGUCGCCAAACCUGCAAUAUGUGCAACGCUCCAAAGUUCUCGGAUGUGGAGGAGCGGACUGGCUUUGGCGGUGGAUACAAUGAUCGCGGCGUUGUAGAAUAUAAGGAUCGUCAGGACUCGGAUAGUGAGUACGAUGAGUUCGGUCGUCGCAAGAAGCGAAAGCACGGCGAGCAUCGAGAGGACUCCAAGAGGCCCAGAAGGUCUAGCCGAGAUGAGCAACGGAAUGAUGAGGAAGAAGAUGAGGACGACGACGAGGGAGACGACGAGGAUCUAUCAAAAUACGAUCUCUGGGGCGACGAAGAAGUCACUUCCACGGAUGUCAAGAGCAAAGAGGCCACUGGCAAUGGCGACAAGGAGCGCAAACGUACGUCACGCGACUCUAACUCUUCCGUGUCCUCCUCGUCGUCGUCCAGUUCGUCCAGCUCCAGCGACUCUUCGUCAAGCAGCUCGAGUAGCUCCAGCAGCGGCGGCAGGCGGAAAACCUCCUCGUCCGGCAGACGUUAGCUGCAAACCGUACCCUUUAGGAACUUCUCUUUAAUUGCAUCUGUUUUCACACAUUUUUCUAAGGCAAUCAUGCUUGCCUUCUUAUUUAUUUGCCAGUAUGCGCUCAGAUGAUCAUGACAUAGGGUACGAUGUCCAGUCUAACUCUUAAAGUAUAAUAAAACAUAUAAUUUAAGAACACCAGCAUUUACAUUUAUUGUAAGACACCGUAACAUUAAAGAAUCGGGCCUAAUUGAA